UCCACAGUUGGAGAACUACCUCUAUGUUGUGAAGGACUAUGUUGUGAAAACCUUUGAAGUGUUGAUAAUCCGGGUUUUCGGGGGGAUUUCUCGGUGUUUUUCGGGGGGACAGUGACACCGACUCUCCCGGAGGACUGCUGCCCGGUUCAGGCUGCGUGUUUUCGGGCAGCUGCUGAGCGGUUUUCUGGAGGGUUUUUUUUUUUUACAAGUUAGCUCUACAGCUAAGUCACGUCAGCUGUGCGGCUGAAAGUGUCCCGGUGCAGCCCGGACUCUUUCAUGCGUUUUAAAUACGGUUCUACAUGAAACCGGGAGAGGAGUAAGGGUGUUCUUCUGCAGGAGAGGGAGGCUCGGUGAUCAGCCCGCGGACUCCGGGUCUGCAGCCUGUGAGGCCUGCGGGUCGGGCUUCCUGCGGGUCGGGCUCCUUCCACCGGGCUUGAGUAGAGCACCCACGCCGCCUCAGAGGGCUCGGAGGCCGGCAGAAGAAGCUGCCUCCGCCGGGGCCUGCGGACAGAGGGAUGGAGAGGAUGGAAGUGGACCAGUGCGCAGGCGCAGCUGGCGGGGCUCUGCGCAGGUCGAACAGCGCCCCCAUGAUCACCAGUGUCAGUGACGGGAUGACGGUGUUCAGUCCGGUGUCGUCGGCUCGGUACAGACGCAGCAGCGUUUCCAUCAACCCCAGCUGCCCCUCACAGCUCGUCCCUCUCUCUCCGUUCUCUCUGACCGGAGACAGACUCGACCACAAGAGGCAGGAGGAGAACAUGGAGGCGGCCCUCAGAGGAAGUCUGCAGAGACGGAGUGCUUCCAGUCUGAUCCCAGCUCCCAUCAGUCAGUGGCACGACCACGCCUCAGUGUGGUUCCAGUCGCAGGACAGCGGCAUCACGCCAAACUCCUCCCCGAGUCCCACCCGGAGGUUCAGACCAGCAGUCAGCACUACUGUGAGAGUCCCAGCACUGACUCCACUCAAGAGGAAAGGGGGAGUAGAGUCUGACGGACCCCCGAAGAAGCUUUUUGUGGCCGGAGUAUCGGACCCCCCCCACCGCAGCAGCUACACUGUCAGUGUCUCUCACUCGGCAGCUGACUCCCCCCCUGCAGUCAGUCCUCAGUCCAGCCCUCUGUCUCUCUCCCCUCCCCCCUCCUUCACCCCCUUCACCUCCCACCACCACCCAGGACACUAAACACCCCCCCACCCCCCAAUCCUCACCCUGAGUCCUGACCAGCAGCUCCCGGAGGACCCUCGGCUCCCCAUCGGACCUUAUUCCUGUAAGUCCCGCCCCCUUCCUGCAACGACAGGAAGCAGAGACCAGCCUGGUUUCUGACUCCAUUGGAAAUAUCUGUUCUGGAUCCCUGGGGGUUUUGAGGCAUCAGACUUUCUUUAGGGUUCUGAUCCGACCCAACUGUUCCUGUUGGUUCGUUUUUAACCCAAAUCCCAGAGUUCACGUCGGACUGGAGGACUCGCUUCCUGUGAGGUUGGUCGUUCGUCUGAAGGCUCGUCUAUGAGACCUCAAAUGAUAAAUAAUGUACAGAGGAUUCCUCAUCAGCAGCAGCAUCAGAGAGCCUCAGGAGUCUUGAGGUCACACUGGUUGUGUCCUAACGAGAUUCUGAUUCUUUAAUCAAGCCUUCCAGAAAGAGCCAAGCACACAUACGUCUCGCUCCAGAAAAACGGCAGAUUUGGAAGAAGUUUAGAGGUUAGACUCUGGCACCGUUCUUAAAGAGCUGCAGGAUGUGGUGUUUCUGUACUGUUCCCUGAAGGCAGCAUCUCCCCGGUCCAAUGGGAUUCCUCCAUGUGGUUUUGGAUUAUGAUUAUUUGCCUUAUUGCAGGAUAACAACCAAACCAAAAACACGUUCAGAAAACCAUGGAGCUCCAGACCAGGGGACAGGAAGUGCUGACUCAUUCCUGCAGCUCUCUUUUGGACGCAGCUCCGGUCCAGUUUUCCAGUGGAUGAAGCUCCAGAUGUUCUCUGAGUAAUCUUCAGAGGUUUGGAAGGAGUUUGAAUAAGGUCUCGAGUUGUAAUCAAGACCAAAUCAAACCGGUGACGACAGAUGUUCUCGAGGCACUUCAGGAACACUCAGUUCAGCCGGUCCUCAACUGGUGGUCCUGGAGUCGUGCUCGUUGGACAUCAGGUCCGUUACCGGAUCAGGAAGGUGUAGAGGUCCUCUGGUUUCUACGGUCUGAUGGAUCUGGACUUUAUCAGCGCUUCAUCUCAUCAGUGAACCAGGGUCUCCCACCAUCAAGUGUUAAGGAGUUUAUGUGUAGCUGAAGAUGAAGUCUGUAGUGUUCAUCAACAAAAGUAUCUUCCUCCCAACUAGGGAUGUCACGAUAAAGAGUACCAGUGACAGUUUCUCAAUACCAGUAUUUGUACUGGUUUCGGUUAGGGUCAUAAUUCCCUCAAAUUUCAAUUUUAUAUUGCCAAGAAAACAACAAGGUUUUCACCCAAAGCUACAUUUUCACAAGACUACGUCGGAGACCUCGUGAUAACGUUAUAAUCGACCUUCUCCCCACGUUCAUUUUUACUCAAAAGACUUUGAACGCACCAUCGUGCAACUCACAGAGCCUGGCUGACUGCUGACUGCUAACGUCAGCUUUCUUGCCGAUUUGAACACAGAUUUGCUCUUCAAACUAAGUAUUAUUUCCAUCAAUAGUGAGUUAACUGCGUCCCAAACUCAUGUUCUAACAUCCCCCGUUAGUCUCGAGUCUCAAUGGCACCACCGGGAACUAUGGAGCUGUCACAAAACCAGUACCCUCAAGUCUUCAGGAUUUUGGAAUCAACUGAAAAAUAGUCAGAAUUCUGAGGAAAACGUUAUAAUUGACCGUCUCCCUGUUAGCACUAUAGUGCUAACAGCUAACUGCCAGCGUUACCUUAGUGAUUUGAACAUGGUUUCGUUGUCCAAAGUGUUCCAUUACUUCCAUCAAAAGAACAUGAGUUUGGGACGCAGUAAACUCAAUAUCGUCCCCAGGAUGCCGUUAGUCUUGAGUCUUCACAGUGCUACAGGAAGCUACCAUACUUGCAAUACUGUAGAAAAACCAGUUCCCCAAAGUCUUCAGGAUUUAGUCCCGAGUAUAAGUCCUCGUGACAUCCCUAGACCCAACCCCCAUGUGAAGAGGUGAAGCUUCUCUAGAGGCCAGCACUGGUUGUUGGUGUUUUCUGGAAGUCCAAACCAGCUGAACUCCAGUCAAAGGUGAACGGCUUCAGUCAUUAGUGUUUCUGCUGAGUCGCCCGACUGAAGCCUCGGGUUUGUAGAAGAAACUUGAAAGACGUGAGUCCACAGUUUGAGGACCUGGGUGUGCGAGUGGCCCCCGGUCAGUAGAAGUCUGUUAAUAGUGUAUCUAUAUGUGAAUAUUGAGGGAGCAGCUCCCCUUCAGCCUGCACGGUUCGACUGUACUGAAUCUGCAGGAAGCUCCAUCUCUACCCUCAGAGAUGGAAGGGCUUCAGUCUCUUGUUGAAGUCACCAAUAAAGGUAUUCUGAUUGUUCAAAGACACAAAGGGUUUAAAAAAUCACCAUUAUAUCUUUAUUUUUGUUUUGCUCAAGUUAUUAGUUGUUCUGAUUAAUUACAUAUCAAUAGAGAAGUGCAGCGAUGUCCUGGUUCUGUGUUGGUCCCUGAAGGCAGCAUCUCCCUGGUCCAUGUGAUUUUGGAAUAUUGCAGUUGCUGGAAACAACCCAAACACAUUCAGAAAACCAUUGAACAGGAAGUGCUGAGUCAUGUCAGGGUUCAGGACUCAUUCCUGCACCUCUUUAUACGCUUGUUUUAGGACCAAUCAGCUCUUAAUCCCAGGGCUGGUCACUAUAGAAGAGGCGGACGCAUGGAGCGGGUCAGAGGUCCGACUUUCAGAAAUAAAUCGUAGUUUCUGCUUCCAACUUUUGCACUUACAAAGUUUUGUACAGUUUUGUACGUUCGCUCAUCGUUGUGCCUGAACAUGUCGUCAUAUUUCAGAGGAGCUUUUCCUCUCGGCUCAAACCUCGAUCUAACGGAGAGGAGGUGGUAAUCAUCCUGAGAUAUGUCUGUACAUAAAGUCUCUAUAAGCUUUCAUUAGACGUGUGCUGAUCCAUCAGCUGCUCCAACAGAAUCACGUGUCUGCUUCUUUUCUUUGUGAUAUUCUCUGCACAGUUAGACCACUUUAAUCUGUCCUGUAGUCUCGUACCAUGUGCUGUUGAGUUUCUCUGCUUUAUUCCUCCACGUGCUAUCGUCUCCGAGGCUCUCCUGCUGCAGAGGCAAACAAAGUCUAAAAUAUUUCAGCUAACGUCCAAAAACUACAAGAAUUUGAACGGGAAUUUGACCUCUUUAAAAAGCAGCGUAAAACCUGAGUAUUUUCACAGAGUGGUGUUAGUACUUUCACUUCAGUCAAUGAUCUGAAUCUCUACCUCUAGGUUAAUCUCAGGCACAUUUCAAAAUCUCUAACGAUUAAUGUUUAUCUAUUUCAAUCGUUCUAGAAAAAAAACUUACAUUCACGGACAUUUAAUGUGUUUCAGUACGAUAGUGGUCUCCGAUUAGAAGACCUAAAACCUGUAGAGGUAUUUGAAUGACCUCAGAUGUGAAAACAGUCUGAAAAUUCUGAAAAAAAGUACAAAUUUGAAAAUAAGUCGAAGAUCAGGAAAGUGAAAUUUGAAAGGAGUCUCAUAAUAUAGACCAUCUUUAAAAAAUCAUCAUUUCCGAUAUUUUCCCGACUCCUCUGAAGCAGGACAGACGUCACGCUGCCAAAGGAUGUCCGUGUUUCACAGACUGUAGCUUUAAGACGAUUCUCUGUUUGAUAUCUUUUAUUUCGCAGACCAUAAUCACAAACUGUCGUCAUGGAGAGAGGUUUCUGUAGCCGGAGGAAAAUGUGAGGCUGAAUUCAAAGAUUGUUUUUAAGCCAAAAAUUCUUCGACUGAAUCUUAGAACGUCUGUCGGAAAGAUUCAUGAAUGUUUUCCUGUGUUUCUGUCCUUUUGCUUUAAAUGUGAGACGCGUCUUCAAUCGUUCUAUCAUGUUUUAUUUAAAGUACAUUUCCAGGGUUAGGGACGUUUUCAAACUCAUUCAAUCCAAGCUUUUUUUUGUUGUAUUUUUAAUAAUAUUCUGAUUUAUCUUUUGGGAAAAUCUCAUAUGUUAUAUUUUAGGUUUACUGACCUUAUCAUGUUAUAGCAAUAGGUGUGCAGUCACAGAACGGCAAUGACUGCAAACAUUUGCAUUACCUUUUUGUUUAAACAUCGUACCUGAAGCACAAAUGAAUGAACGCUUCUUUAUUACCAAAAAUGUUAUUAUUUUGGAUAAAUUGUUAGGUUUUUCACAUUAUCUAUCAUCAAAAAAUAAAUGGAUUAAAGGGUCAAUCCAAAGCAAUUAUCUACAGGUAAAACAAAACGAAGUGAAUUUCAGUCAUUAUUUAUUUUUUAAACUACAUAAAUUACGACCUGGAAUAAAAGAUAUGAAGAAACUAAGUCUGUCAAUACUUAUGUGUCGGUUCUGGACAGUUUGACAUUAUUAUCAGAUAAGCUGAUUUCUUGAGAGGUAUCAUCCUUAUUUCGACCCAGCUUAAUGACUGAUUUAGUUUUGGAUCAAAAUGCUUUUCUGUUCUUCCAUAAAUCUCUGUAUUAUUCAGCUCUCAUUACAACCCUCUCCUCCGACUCUGAAAACCUCCAUCAGUGAUUUCUGUAUGUUUCAUGAUUUUGGAGAAGUGUACACCCAUAAAUAAGUCGUGUGUAUCUCCGCAGCUGCUCUGUCUGUUUAGCUUCUGGUUCUUCCUCGUUGUACACGCUGAGUGUUAUUAUAACCUGUGGAUGUUCCUCACCCCUCAGUGAUUGUGGGUCUGUCAGUAUUAAAGUCACCUCUCACUCUGGAGAAAGCACGGUGAUAUUUCUCAGUUUAAAAAUGAUUCAAAUAUUUCAAGGGAUUUUGAUGCUGAAAAUGAUCUUUUAUUUUGGGGUUUGAUGUUUUUGAUGUUUAAUUUCCCCUAAAAAUUAAUUCACAAAACAAACAUUUUGUUUGCAGUGGCACUUAAAUAAAUGAUCAUUGAUAAAUCCAGUAUAUCUGUACCCAUCUGUCUAUAACAGAGAGUGCUUGAUGUGCUGUUUAGUAAACUUCUAAUCGUUAUUAUUAUAUUGUUAUAAUUAUUACCUUUUUUUCCAAAAUGUAAAACUUUGAUCUUGACAUUAAUUAUAUUUCGAAUGAAAACUUGAAGCACUUUAAAUGUAAACGUCGUGAAGUAAAAAUCCACGUUAUUUUCCUCAAAAAGCAGGAAAGGAAGCCGUCAUGUGACCCUAAAACUGUUGGUGUUGAAUAGUCAUUUUCUGAUUAGAUUUCCACCGGCAGAUAUUUGGAGUUUACACGCUGAGAAAUGAACCGGGGCAGAGUGAGGCGGGCUGCUGGAGCCCGGCAGGGAAAGGGAAAGCACGUCUAUCAUUCUGAGUUUCACAACUGUACAUAUUCCCUCUGUUUGGACAAAUUCUCUCCAUAAGAAACCUGAGAGGAUGUAUUAUUAUGCAACUAAAAUAACCCCCCCCCCCCCCCAGGGUCUCACGGCUGUAAAGAUGACGCAGAAUGACUUUUUAGUUUUGAAUAGAAAACAGUUCAUCUGCAUACUUUAAAUAUAUAUGAUAUUGUAUAUUGUUUAUGAAAACUCAAUAAAAGAAAGCCUGUAUCGUA